AUUGGCACACAUGAUCAAAAAGAGCAAAAAUGAUAUUAUAACUAGAGAUGGCAUCAAUAUUGGGCCUAUACCAGCAAAAAAUCGUGGAUCAGAUAUAAGCGAUAUCAUAUCAGAUAGGAAUUGGAUUUUUUUUUCUUUUGUUAAGAUUGAUUUUAUUGCAUUCAUACUUUAUUAUAUUUACAACGUAAUUGAUUUUCAUGUGAAGAAGUUUAACUGUGAAGUGCUUCAGUUAAAAAAAAAAAUGAAAGCUUAGUAGUUUUUAAAAAAAUAUCGGAUAGGUAUCGGCUCAUACUCGAUACUCAUACUCGGUAUCAGUAUUGGAAAAGUGGUAUUGUGUCAUCUCUAAAAGUAUUUUAUCUCAAAAAGUAGCCAAUUUAUUGUGUUUACACUACAUUUAGUCAUUUGGUAGGCAAUCUUAUUCAGAUCAACUAGGAAAAACACGUAAACAAGUUAAGGCACAUUUCACCACUGAGGAGCCAGACCUGAGAGAAGGACGAACCAGUCGCCCUGAGGUCACACACCUGAGUUGGAGUGCAGGCGUGUAGUUUCGAAUCAGGGUGCUCAUAUGAUGCUGAGAGUUUUAAAUUUGAUUCUUGCCACACGAAUGCAGUGGAGGGCUGGCAGUAGAGAUUACAUAUGAAGUCAGACCAGCAAGUAGAACUGCUGUAGUCAACACUGUACAUUAAUACAACUCGUAUGCAGAUUUGAACAGAUUGUUUAGUCAGUGGUUGAUGUUAUGUGAUCAUGAGAGUUAAGGCCAUCAUCUAAAAUGCACAGAUUAUUAACUGUGUGUUAGAUGGACACACAUGGAUGAGACGGUGAGGAAGUAAGAGGGGAGGGUGGGGUUGUCACGGUUACAGAACUGCACACUUUAGUUUAUUCUUGGGGUUGUAAAGAUGAAUUUUCAAAAUCAAUUAUUAGUCAUCUCUAUGGCAACAAGCUCAGUGGUGAAAGAUGCCCUCCCAGAGAGCUGGAUUCAUGUGUUGUGGUCUGAUGAGGCCUAAAAAAUUUUGUUUUAGCCAUGCACACCGCUGGCAUUCUUAGAGAAAAAAAAAAAAUGAAUAUUUCAAAAUACUGAUACCCUCUGUUAAAUACUGUCAUGAAUCAGCGAUGUUUUUAUGAAUAGUGGUCCAGGUGCUCUUGUGAAGACUAACUGAGACAUUAAUUUCACUAAAUGGCAGAAUAUUUUGGUGCAAAACCUAAUUGAGUCUGCCAGGAGGUUAAGACCAUAACCAUAGUCGGAUCUUUUAACAAGAUAAUAACCCCAAACAACACAGAAGUGGCCAUAUUUGAAGCAGUCCACAUGCACAAAAUCAAGAAUGUAAGAGAGCCUGAAAUGUUCUGCAAGAUGGAGUAGUCAAAGAUCCAUAUACAAGUGUCUCUAACCUUUUUAAACAGGCUCAGUGAUCAUUCUUCACAGGAAAAGCUUCGCCAAAUAUUAAUUGUGGGGUGUACAUAAUUUUGAAAUUAAACUAUUUAAGAAAACUUUAUUAGGAACACCGCAUCAUUACUGGGUAGAGCCUCAAUUCUUCAUGGCAUGGAUUCCACAAGAUGUUGGAAACAUUCCUUUGAGAUUCUGGUCCAUGUUAUCAUGAUUGCAUCACACAAUUCAUGCAGAUUUUUCAGGUUCACUUUCAUGCUGUCAAUCUCCAGUUCUACCACAUCCCAAAGGUGUUCUACUGGAUAUAGAUCCUGUGACUGGGAAGGCCACUGAAGAACACUGAACUCAUUGCCAUGUUCAUGAAACCAGUUUGAGAAGACUUUUGCUUUGUGACUGUUGCUUAAGUUUCGAAGUGUUGUGCAUUCUGAGAUGCUUUUCUGCUCACCACAAUUGUACAGAGUGGUUAUUAUUGGUUAUCUACUCAGUAACACAAUUAUCUAAUCAGCCAAUCAUGUGUAAGCAGUGCAAUACAUAAACUCAUGCAGAUACAGGCCAGCAGCUUUGGUAAUGUAAUUCACCAUCAGAAUGAGGAAGAAAAUGUGAUCUCGGUGAUUUUGACCGAGGCAUGAUGGUUGGUGCCAGACAGUCUGGUAUGAGUAUUUCUAUAACUGCUGAGCUCCUGGGAUUUUCAGACACAAAGGUUCCUAGAGUUUAAUCAGAAUGGUGCAAUAAAGAAAAAACAUGAGCGGCAGUUCUGAGGGCAGAAACACCUUGUUGAUGAGAGAGAGGUCAAUAGAGAAUGGGCAGACUGGUUCGAGCUGACAGAAAGGCUACAGUAACUCAGAUAACCCCUCUGUACAAUUGUGCUGAGCAUCUUCUAAUGGCUACUUCCAGCAUGAUGAUGCACCACGUCAGCAAAAGUCGUCUCAAACUGGUUUCAUGAACAUGACAAUGAGUUCAGUGUUCUUCAGUGGCCUUCCCAGUCACUGGAUCUGAAUCCAGUAGAACACCUUUGGGAUGUGGUAGAACUGGAGAUUCACAGCAUGAAAGUGCACCUGAAAAAUCUGCAGGAAUUGCGUGAUGCAAUCAUGAUAACAUGGACCAAAAUCUCAAAGGAAUGUUUCCAACAUCUUGUGGAAUCCAUGCCAUGAAAAACUGAAGCUGUUUUGAGAGCAAAGGGAGGCUCUACCCAGUAUUAGUAUAGUGUUCCUAAUAAAGUGCUCAGUGAGUGUAUGAAGUAUUUUAUACUUCAUAUAAUUUGUCAGAACACCAUAUAAGAGUUAUCUUUCAAUGCUUAACCAUUAGUAAUUAGCUUUUGGCUAUAAAUAAGACCAUUACGAAGUGGUUAUGUUGUUUAGAAAAGGCGCUUAGGCACGUGACCUUUUUUUUUUUAAAUCCCACUCUGCAGCAAAAUUGAUCAAUCUGUUAAUCAGGCAGCAGAGGGCGCUGUUGUUAUUGAGGAAUAGGAGAAUAGGGGAAUAGGAGAAGCCUCCAUAAGUGUUUGUUGUGGCAGCAGAUGGCCUGCAGGUGUAAUCCCUCUAUAAUCUGUAGCUUUACAGUCAGUAGACCUAAAAGAAAUAAACAGACUUGGGCUAAAGGCGAACAACAGAUAGACAUGGUUUCACACAGGGAAGAAAAGCAGCUGUACUUUUGAAAUUUGCCACAGAACAACAGAUUCGGGUUGGAUUACACUGUCGGAUUACCUGCAGCAGAUUAUCGGCAAUGUUUUUCCACAACACUUCAAUUGGAUGAAGAGCAGUUAUUACAGCUUGUUUAUGCAUCGCUUUAGUUAUUUAUUAGGUAAGAAACUUGAUAAACAAAAUUAAUUCCAGUUAAAGUCUUACAAUUUAAAAUUAAUAUUUUAUAUUUAGUGUAUGUUAACUGAAAUAUUUUAAAAUUAAAAUGUCAUGCCUUAUAUUAACAACUGCUCCUGGCCCUAAAUCUAGCAACUGAGAUGAAGGUUUAGAUUUUAUAAACUUUAAAAUCUUUUAAAUUUGUAUUAAUUCCCAAGGAGCAACUGUUUUUAAUGCUCUUAUUAAAUGUUUAUCUAAUAAUGCAUGUGGCUUGUAUCUUGUAAUAUUUAUCUAGUAUGAGUAAUUAAAACUCUCCUAUUUCUUACACACAUCUAAUUGUAGAAAACCUGUAAAUGUUUAUUUAAUGGUUCAGUUGCAAUACUUUCACAGCUAUUUGCAGAGAGUGCAUGCUCCAAGUGUCUGCUAUUGUAUGUCAAACACCACCAAUCUUUCAUCUACACACAAGACGCUUUACAGUAUAAAGCAAUUUUUUUUUCCGUCUUUGGUGUUUCUUGUAGCAGUACUCAGACAUAUUAAUUAGCACUCAAAGUAAUAAUGCAUUUCAGCACGAAUGCAGUUUUGCACUAUCUUCCUAUUUAGGGAAUAUAAAUCUUCACUUGGUGUGAAAAAGCCAGAGAGGUAUUUCUGUGAAUCACGACUCAUCAUCAUGAGACACAAGAGACUAUAAAUUACAGAAAGCUUUGAGUCAGACAUUCUUUAAAAAAAUAAAUAAAUAUAUAUAUAUAUAUACAUAAAAAAAAGUAGAAGGGCAGCCCAUAGGAAAUAAACCUAUGGUUUAAACACUAAGCAAAAUUUUAACAUUUUAAAAGCUACAACAGAAAUAUCAACAGUAAUAAUCAUCAUUUAGUGACAACAUUUAAGUCAAAUAGAACUCAGACUCUUCUGUUGUGGCACUCGUGUUUGAGUAAAUAAUGAAAUUAUUAUAAGCAGCAGCAGCUCGUGACCACAGAUUUUAGUCAGACAAGAUCACAGUAGUAACAACAUAGCCUCAAACAAAAUUAAGUUGAGAGGCUAUCAAUCACACUUGACUUCUGAAUGCUGAAGUGAAUUUUUAGAGUAACCCUAUAAUAGACAGUUGAGACUCAACAACAUACAGUCAUCCAGCAUACAGUCUAGGAGCUCUGUUCGAGUGGUUUUAGAUGCACCUCUAUUCAUCUGUGUUUGAUACAGCAGGUGUGUUUCCCAUGGCCAGGGUUAGGCAUGCACGGUUGCGCUAAUACCAUUAACCAGGGUUGCCAGAUUUCAGCAAACUUCCAAGGCCGAAUACAUCUCAAAAUCCUCACAAAACAAUUUAGAAUUGGGAAAUGGAGAUAUUUUUCUCUUUUAUCCACAGUCUUUGCAUGGGAAACAAGGUCAUCAUGGUGUACACACACUUCUCCACUCCAUAAUUGGCCUGUCCUAAUCUUUGCAAUAUAUCUAACAAUCGAAAUGGUUCUGUACAUCAUAGACACAGUAUCUACACUAAAAAAGAUUUAAUUCUGAUUAUUUGGUAUAAAACAAGAUCUUGGUGGCUGCAGAUUAUUUUUAAACUAGUUCAUUCUGGCAGCCCCAUUAACUGAUAGGCCCACAGCUCCUCCCCCAAGCAUGGGGCAGAGUGGUUCUUGUCCCAAUGGGCCUCUACGAGUACUUGUCCUAGUUCCCAUUUUUGACCACUAGGUGCUAAGGAAGCUAAGUGGGCCAGUGCACACGCUGCCCCACAAUUACACAACAUCUAGAAAGGUGAGCAAAUCAAGAGAUUUAAUUAGCAACUUUUUUUUUUAAUCUUUGGUCACUAAAAAGAGGUAAUCAGUAUUUAAACAAAAUUUAAAAUGUAUGGAGCUGUGAAUGACUUUAUGACGACUUUAUGAAGAUUAACUUUUGCUGAAUAGCCGCUAUAAAUGGACAGACUGCAAGUGAUAAAAAGUGAGAAUCAAAUUCUAAACUCACACUACUCUAAAAUACAAAGACCGUAGUAGGGAAUAUAAGUAGGAGGGAAUAUUCCUAGAUACAAAUAUCUCACAGUAUAUAUUUCUCAUUUCAGAAGUGCAGGGCCACCUGCAUAUACCAAGAGGUCGUUGUGAAAUUCUCUCAGCCACAGGUGAUCACUAUGCCGACCGGCUUCAUAGAUGGAAUUCUCUGUUGUUUAUCGGGGAAGUCUGCAAACAUCGUGGUCCCCAUUAAAACAUCUGAGCCUGCAGACCAUUUCGAGUUUGUGGAGGUAAAGCCUGGCAGAGUGAUGCGUAUUUGUCAUAUUAUCCCUCAGCGAGCUGUGAUAGAGAAUCUAGACACAGGGGAGGGGGGUACUGUGAGCUGUAAAAGGAAAAUCACUGUGUAUCACAGCGGACAGUUAUUCAUUGAGAACACGAGUGAAGCAAUUCACCCAGAGCCGGUGCACUGCCAAAACGGAGAGAGCGCUGUGGAGGUGGAUGUUCUGGACAGUAACAACACAGCCUCAGGACAGGUUGUAGAGUCCAGCAUGGCAGUAGCACAUGAGCAGCCACAGCGCAGAUGGUGCAAGCCCAAGCGUACCGUGAUGAUCGACUGUGAACGCCAGAUCACCCGGUGCAAAGAGACACACCCUGAUGUGGCCUUGUUCUUCAUUCAUGGAGUAGGAGGCUCUUUGGAUAUUUGGGAGAACCAGCUGGACUAUUUCUCUCAGCUCGGUUAUGAGGUGAUAGCACCAGACCUAGCUGGCCAUGGAGCCAGCUCUGCACCUCAAAUCACAGCUGCCUACACAUUUUACGCCCUUGCUGAUGAUAUAAGAAUCAUAUUCAUGAGAUAUGCAAAACGACGAAACAUUCUCAUUGGGCAUUCAUAUGGUGUGUCUUUCUGCACCUUUCUGGCCCAUGAGUAUCCAGAUCAAGUUCACAAAGUGGUGAUGAUUAAUGGUGGUGGGCCUACAGCCCUGGAACCAAGCCUCUGUUCAGUCUUCAAUCUGCCAACAUGUGUACUCCACUGCUUGUCGCCGUGCCUAUCAUGGAGCUUCCUAAUGGCUGGUUUUGCUCAUCAGGGCCUGAAGGAAAAGAAACUUCUGAAAGAGAAAAAUGCCUUCAACGUAUCAUCUUUUGUUCUGCGGUCGACGAUGAAUGGGCAGUACUGGCCAGAGGGUGAUGAGGUGUACCAUGCUGAACUCACCGUGCCAACCCUCCUGGUACAUGGCAUGUACGACAGGUUUGUGCCAAUACAAGAGGACCAGCGCAUGGCAGAGAUACUACUUCUGGGUUUCCUGAAAGUCAUCGAAGAGGGAAGCCACAUGGUGAUGAUGGAGUGCCCUGAUACAGUCAAUACUUUGUUGCAUGAAUUUUUCCUUUGGCAGCCAGCCACUGCCUCCAAAGCCAAACAAGAAACAGCACUUCCACCAAACAGUAGCAAAACGAGCACCUCCAAAGAAACAGCAAGGCUUACAACUGCACCCAAGACUGCAAGCCUAGAGCAAGACUCAAUAAGGCCAAUAACUCUCCCAAAGACUACAAAAUGUGCAUAAUUAUACAACAGAAAUAGACUAUUAAGACAGAUCUAGCAGAUUUGUCAGUCUAAGAGAUCAUAUAACAGCUAUAUAGCUAAAUAGUGCGGAGAAAGGACAUAUUUUCCACUAUAUAGUUCUGAAAACAGGCUUUUCUGAACUGAAAUUAGUCUAAUUUGCACAUAUCUCAAUCUUUAUAACAAUCUAAACCUGACUACUCUGCAUGUUAAAAAGAAAAAAAUGCAUUUAAAGAUUCCAACUGAGACACAGACUGUGAAAGAUACUGCUGACUCUACAUUACCUCCCUCUGGUUCUGCACUGCCAGUACUGAGGUUAUUCUCAACUGGCCUAGGAGCAAAUGAGUGCAUCAAUGUGUGCAAUGUGCCCAGUGAUGGAUGGGCAUCCCAUUCAAGGUGUAUUCCCAGGAUAGGCUCUGGAUUGCCAGGACCCUGACCAGGAUAAAUCAGCUACUGAAGAUGUUUUCUUCAUACUGCCUUUUUAUGUAUUGUGGACUAAACAUGUCAUUUUAUGAAUACUUAUGUUCUGCUAGAGACCAAAACUUAGCAAGUAUUACUGCAAUAUAAAAUGAGUCUUCCCGUUUUAAUAAGCAAAUACCAACCAUCUAAGUGGGACAUGAAGUGUUUCCAAUAUUCUUUUUUUUUUUUUUUUUGAGAGCUCUAAAGUGUAAGCAUGUCUGUGCCAUUUUCUCUUGUGUAAUGACAUUUCUGAAUUCAUCUGGUCAU